AGAUAAACACCAAAAAUCAAGGAAGAGUGUAUUUCUUUUUCGUUUUUCUCCCUCAAUUUUAUCUCUCCUCCCCGCUGUAUGAAAACCCGCCGCAGCCGGCGGAGGCAAUGCCGACAUCAGCGACGAAGAAACCGUCGGAAGACCUGAUUUUCCGGCUAGAAUCGUCGGAAAAUCAGACAAAAUAUAAAUCACUACGAGAACUGAAAAAUCAGAUCAUUGGAAAUCGCACCAAAAAAAAUUUCUACGUCAAACUCGGCGUCGUAAUUCCUGCUGUUGUCAAUUCUCUCUCUUCCGUUGAUUCUUCCGUCGUCGUGCAAGCUUGUGCUGUUAUCGGAAGCUUCGCUUGUGGUAUAGAUGCUGGUGUGAAGGCUGUGCUUGAUGCAGGCGCUUUCUCGAUCCUUUUUCGCCUCAUUUCUUGCCCUGAUGCUAAGGUUGUGGAUGCUGCUGCUCGAUCGCUGAAAUUGAUUUAUCAAUCCAAGUUGGCUCCCAAGUAUGAUUUUUUUUCAACAGAGAACAUGGGCUUCCUUAUUUCGGUUUUGAAUGGAGAGGUUGAGAAUCUAACUGGGCUCGGUGCCUCUAUUAUAACGCAUUCAUGUCAGACAAAUGUAGAACAAAAGGUACUAUGUGAGGCUGGUAUAUUAAAGAACCUUCUAAACCUUCUACGAGGUACUCUGAGUCAGAGAGAGGCUAGUUUAGAGGCUUUAGCCGCCAUUAUUAAGAAUAAUCCUGAUGUUAGUUUGGAAUUUUCUGAAGCUGAUAAUGGAAAAGCUUUUAGAGCUGUAUGUGAACUAACAAAGGAUAAGUAUCCUCGGAUAAGGCUUCUAGCUUCCAUCUGCUUGAUUGCUUUGUGGAACGCUUCACCAUGUCAUGUGCAAGAUGUUGGACUCGGAACUAAGCUAAUACAUAUUUUGAUUGAGCUUCUUGAUGAUCCUGGUCAAGUUGGUGAUGAAGCUCCAUUUGCUUUGUCCAGUUUGAUUGCUGAAAGAGAGGACCUGCAAAAACUAGCUUUUGAAGCAGACAUCAUUGAAAAACUGAGCAAUCAUUUGAGGAAAGAACCAUUUCAAACUAGACGGUUACAGGGGAUAUUUCUGGUUCUUGCAGAUGUGUGCUCAAAGUUGGAAGUCUGUAGGGCAAAGCUUUUAUCUCUUGAGAUCCUCAAAUUGGUAGCUGAGGCAUUAAAUAAUGACUGCUCAGAAGUACAGACUGCAGCUUGCAUGUGUUUGCGCAGUGUUUCUCGGUCAGUCAAGAAUUUGAGUGCAGGUGUAUUUAUGAAUGAAGUGGUUGUAAUUCCGUUGCUUAAGCUUCUAAAUGAUGUUUCUACUACUGUCCAGGUUGCAGCACUUAGUGCUUUAUGUAAUUUAGUGGUGGAGUUUACUACACGUAAGUCGGUGUUUCUUCAGUAUGGAGCUGUAAAACAACUUGUUCAUCUAUCAACAUCAAUGGAUUCUACUAUCAGGUUGAAUGCCCUAUGGGCUCUGAAAAACCUGAUCUUUUUGGCCGAGAACCAGUUCAAAGAGGGAAUUUUUAUGGAGUUGACUCCUUCCACAUUGUUGAGUCUCAUAUGUGAUCCUGAGCCAACAGUCCAAGAACAAGCUAUUGGUUUUGUUUGCAAUCUUAUUGAUGGAUGCGUUGACUCUAUUGACUAUGUCUUUAGCGAAGAUUCUGCUUUGUUGCAUGCUAUUGGAAGACAACUGAGAAACUCUUCCAUGUCUGAAGUCUGCAUUGAGGGGAUGUAUGUACUUGUAAACGUGGCAACUGGGAACGAAUUCCACAAAGAAGCAGUACUACAGCAAUUACUCCCACCAGCUGGUAGCAAUGACCAAUCGGUUAUAGUCAAGCAUUUGCAGAGCAGUGACGAUAGGUUACGCACAGCGACUGUUUGGACUCUGGUAAAUCUCACUACUCCCAGCAGCCCUGGUGCAUAUGCUCGGUUUGUCAAGCUACAAAAUGCCGGUGUAUAUACUCAAAUAAAGAAUAUGACAUGUGAUCCUUGCCUUGAUGUUAAGCUUCGUGUCAGAACCGCAUUGGGACAGUCGGUGACAUUUUCCGACAUCACUUCCUAGUCAUUUUUUUGAUCACUGAGAGGCCUCAAUGUAAUAUUAGAGUCCAAGGCUUUUCAUAUGCUUUCUCUACAGAGAUCUGAAAUUCUACAUCCAGUAUUAAAUCAUAGCAGAGGAGACACCCUUCCUUUUGGACCUCGAAGAACGGAAAUUUGCUGAAUGCUGUGCGAAGAUUGUUUUGUAAUGUAUUCAUAGUACAAGGGAGGUUUGUCGUUGAGGUUAGCAAAGGCUAGCAUCUUCAUGGUAACAAUUCCCGAAUUUUUCAUAUUGCUUGUGUUUCAUAGAAAAUUGUUGUGGAUUAGAAAUUAGAAAGUGUUGCUUAGAUACCUGAGAUUAAUCAAUCUAAGCUUCAUCUUGAAUCACGUGCGGCAGAUUGUUCCCAGUAUUACAAGACGCGUCAAUGACAAUUGCCUGUGUGAUAUUGUUGCAAGUAUUGUUCGUACUUGCAUUUAAGUGAAUUAUUUUCGUCA